AUGUUAACCUCCUCAUUGACCCGUCUAAACCCUUACCUAUAUUCAACUACCUACCUAUACACUCCUGUUAUCAUGGUCAACUUCUCCGCACCCAAAAACAUCCAGUACUGGGGUGCAGCUUGCGGCACCCUCAGUUCUGUCCUGUUCUUCUUCUCUCUAGUAGCAGCGCAUCAACUCCCACCCAUCAAACCAUGGUUUACCCCCGAGCAGACGACCGAAUAUUGGAGAAAGCAUGAAUCGGGUGCCAAAGCGGGCGUUGCAAUCAUGCUUUUAUCCGCCGUCUUCUAUCUUCCUUUCACAGCGACGCUCGCCAUCCAAACGUCAAGAAUCCCCAGGAUUCAUGCCGUUGUUCCCGCUCUCCAACUGGCAUGCGGCGCCUCGGGAGUCUUCACGUAUGUGAUCCCAGCUUUGGUCCUGGCCGUGAUCCCAUACCGUCUCGAGCGAAACCCUGAGAUCACCCAGAUGCUCACCGAUGCGUUCUACUUUCAACUGAUCAUGCCCUGGCCCACAUUCAUAGUCCAGAACUGGGUAUUUGCCUACGCCAUCCUCAGAGAUCCAGGGCCUAGGACAAUCUUCCCCAGGGGAAUGGCUUGGUUCAAUAUUCUAGCGCCAAUAUUUUAUCUUCCGGGAAACGCGAUGCAUACUGCCAAGACGGGACCGCUUGCUUGGAACGGGGUUCUUGGCUUCUGGUUCAUUGGGUUGGUUUUCUGCGGCCAACUAAUCGCUGAUUCCAUCUGCCUCUGUUUCGCUAUCCGGUCCGAAGGCGAAGAGGAUCUGCUCCUCAACCUGAUUCCAAAGAAGAUUGAACAGGACUCGGCCCGUUCUCCUUCGAACGGCAACGGGGUGUAA